AGGGAACGCACAAGACUGCGCAGGACCAGCUCUAGCGCCCAGGCAUUCCGCAACAGAGCCUCCCGGCUCCCCACCACCCCACCCCCAGCUCGCGGUAGCCGUUCCUGGCACAGAGGGGGCACGCAUUAGCAAGGGGGUAAUCUUUCUUUAAUUCCCUUCCUAUCAGCACUUUUGGGCUCGAUGCCAUCCUCGGGUCUGUCCCGAAGCUCGAGCUCGGGAAAUGAGGUGAUCAGCAGGGGUGAGGAAUGAAGGGGGAGGGCCGAGGGAAGAUUGGGCAAGCCGGCUGCGCAAACACGGGAGGACAAAGAUUGCGCUGGGUUGGCCGGCUCAGGGAUAAAGGCGCGCUGUGCGCAGGAGGGCGGCGCAGAAGCUGGUCAGUCCGUGCUCGCGAGCGCACGCAGCGGACCCGGGAGGAUGAGGCUCGCCAUCCGUGCCCUGCUGGCCUGCGCGGUGCUGGGACUGUGUCUGGCUGUCCCUGAUAAAACUGUGAAAUGGUGCACCAUCUCAUCUCAUGAGGACAGUAAGUGCCAGGAGUUCAAAAAAGCCCUUCCUUCGGAUGGCCCGAGUAUCUCCUGUGAGAGGAAAACCUCUUACCUUGAGUGCAUCAAGGCCAUUGCGGCAGAAGAAGCAGAUGCGGUGACUUUGGAUGCAGGUUUGGUGUUUGAGGCAGGCCUGGCCCCCUACAACCUCAAGCCUGUAGUGGCAGAGUACUAUGGAUCAAAAGAGAAUCCACAAACCCACUAUUUCUCUGUGGCCGUGGUGAAGAAGGGCACCGACUUCAAGCUGAAUGAACUCAAAGGCAAGAAGACCUGCCACACAGGCCUUGGCAGGUCCGCAGGGUGGAACAUCCCCAUGGGCCUCCUUUAUUGGCAGUUGCCUCAGCCACAGGAAUCUCUUCUGAAAGCAGCGGCCAGUUUCUUCGGGGGCAGCUGUGUGCCCUGUGCGGAUAUGAAGCAAUUCCCCCAACUGUGUCAACUGUGUUCAGGGACUGGGUCCGAAAAGUGCGCCUGCUCUAACCACGAACCAUACUUCGGCUACUCAGGCGCCUUCAAGUGUCUGGCUGAUGGUGCUGGGGAUGUGGCCUUUGUCAAGCACUCAACGGUACUUGACAAGGCUGACAGGGACCAGUAUGAGCUGCUCUGCAGGGACAACACCCGGAAGUCCGUGGAAGACUACAAGGACUGCUACCUGGCCCAGGUCCCCUCCCAUGCUGUUGUGGCCCGGAGUGUGGGUGGCAAGGAGGACUCGAUUUGGGAACUUCUCAACUAUGCCCAGGAACAUUAUGGCAAAGGAACAGCUAAAACAUUCCAGGUCUUUGGAUCCAGUCAUGGAAAGGACCUUCUAUUUAAGGACUCUGCUCAGGGAUUUUUAAGGAUUCCCUCUAAGAUGGAUACCUGGUUGUUCCUGGGAUAUGAGUAUGUCACUGCUCUUCGGAACCUCAGGGAAGAAACACGCCCUGAUGCCACAAAAGACGAAUGCAAGAAGGUGAAGUGGUGUGCAAUUGGCCACCACGAGAGGGCCAAGUGUGAUGAAUGGAGUGUCAAUAGUGGAGGGAAAAUAGAGUGCGAAUCAUCAGAGUCCCCCGAAGACUGCAUUGCCAAGAUCUCGAAAGGAGAAGCUGAUGCCAUGAGCUUGGAUGGAGGCUACAUCUACAUAGCGGGCAUGUGUGGCCUUGUGCCUGUCCUGGCAGAGAACUACAAAACUCAAGGAGCUCAGUGUACAAACACACCAGAAAAAGGGUAUCUUGCUGUGGCCGUGGUUAAGGCAAGUGAUACUAGCACCACCUGGAACUCUCUGCAAGGCAAGAAGUCCUGCCACACGGGAGUUGAUAGAACCGCUGGCUGGAACAUACCUAUGGGCCUUCUCUAUAGUAAAAUCAACAAGUGUGAAUUUGAUGAAUUCUUCAGUCAAGGCUGCGCCCCUGGGUACAGGCGAAACUCCACUCUCUGUGAUCUGUGUAUCGGCUCUGCAACUGCUCCCGGAAGGGAGUGUCUUCCCAACAGCAAUGAGAGAUACUAUGGCUACACUGGGGCUCUCAGGUGUCUGGUUGAGAAAGGAGAUGUGGCUUUUGUGAAAAUUGAUGCUGUCCUGCAGAACAUUGAUGGAAAGAACACUGAAGACUGGGCUAAGGGUCUGACACAGAACAGUUUUCAAUUGCUGUGCCCUGAUGGUACCAGGAAACCUUUGAGUGAGGCUGAGAACUGCCACCUAGCCCGGGGUCCCAACCACGCUGUGGUUACACGGAAAGAAAAGGCAGCUUGUGUCCGCCAGAUGUUACUUGACCAACAGGCUGAGUUUGGAGUAGAUGAAUCUGACUGCUCAAACAAGUUUUGCUUGUUCCACUCGGCAACUAAGGACCUUUUGUUCAAGGAUGGCACAGUAUGUUUGGCCAAGCUUCAGGACACAGCAACAUAUGAAUCCUACUUAGGAGCAGACUAUGUCACAGCUGUGACUAACCUGAAAAAGUGCUCCACCUCACCCCUUCUCACCCCUAAGAACUACGACUCCCGUGAUGCUCCGCUAGGGACGCCUGCGCAGAACCCAGGGCCACGUUGCUUUGUGGCGCCGCGACCGUACGUGUCAGACAUGGCUUCCGCGGACUCCCGGCGAAUGGGGCAUGGCGGUGGUGUCGGGGGCACUUUCCAACCCUAUAUAGACUCCUUGAAGCAGGAGCUACAGCAGAGGGACCCGACGCUGGUGUCCGUCGUGGUGGCGCUUCUCGUGGUGUUACUGACGCUGGUGUUCUGGAAAUUCAUUCGGAGCCGAAGGAGUAGUCAAAGAGCUGUACUUCUUGUUGGCCUUUGUGAUUCCGGGAAAACACUGCUUUUUGUCAGAUUGUUAACAGGCCUUUACAGAGACACUCAGACGUCCAUUACAGACAGCUCCGCUGCAUACAAAGUCAACAAUACCAGGGGCACUAGCCUGACCUUGAUUGACCUCCCUGGCCAUGAGAGCUUGAGACUUCAAUUCUUGGAGCGGUUUAAGGCAUCGGCCAGGGCUGUGGUGUUUGUGGUGGAUAGUGCAGCAUUCCAGCGAGAGGUGAAAGAUGUGGCAGAGUUUCUUUAUCAAGUCCUCAUUGACAGUAUGAGUUUGAAGAACACACCGUCAUUCUUAAUUGCCUGCAAUAAACAAGACAUCACAAUGGCAAAAUCAGCAAAGUUAAUUCAGCAGCAGCUUGAGAAAGAGCUCAACACUUUACGAGUCACCCGUUCUGCUGCCCCCAGCACACUGGACAAUUCCAGCACUGCCCCUGCUCAACUGGGAAAGAAAGGCAAAGAAUUUGAAUUUUCACAAUUGCCCCUCAAGGUGGAGUUCCUGGAGUGUAGUGCCAAGGGCGGGAGAGGGGACGCCGGCUCAGCUGACAUCCAGGACUUGGAGAAAUGGCUGGCUAACAUCGCCUGAGGGGCAGGACCAAGGCACAUGACACGAUGUGGAUCUGUGUGACUGACAGAUUUGGAAUAUUUUAUAUAUAUAAAGGAAUAGGUAUUGCAGCCUGGAGCUGGUGAAGAAGUGGUUAAAAUAUUGUUACAAACAUUUCUUUUUUUCUAGAAACAAAUUAUUGUUGAAACCAACUUGGGAUUUUUUUUUUUUUUUUUUUUUUAUUCAGUUCUUCCUUCUUUUACACUGGUCAGUUUGGACUCGUGUGUCUUCCUUUUGUUAAAGUGUAAUGUCCCUCGAGCGUAUGCAGUCAAGGUCUCUGACAACAGACAAGCUGUGUAGAAAGGAUGUCGUGAGAAUAUGCUUAUCGUCAGAACAGUUUUCUUAGCCUCUGUUUCUAUACUUGUUUCUUUUUUCCUGGAAACAAACCUGCGUGUAUUAGGAACCAGUUGAUUUUCAGUUGCGCUGAUGUUCCCAGGCAGUGCAUCACCUAGUCCUUUGUGAAUUCUCAGAUUUGUGGGUACAAUUACAUUACAGUUUCUGGUGUCAUGAAAGGUAAAAAACAGCAAGGCUGACUUAACAGUGGGUCUGUUCUUCAUCAGCUCAGAGACUUGUCCACACUCCUGCCUCAUGGUACUUAAGAGUUUAAAAAUAGAUCAUGAACCCUUGGAGUCACUCCCAGGUGGUAAACUCCUAAGUGCUAAGUGCCCAGAUGUCAAGGGUCUAGUGUGUUCUAGUGGUUACCCUAACUGGGAAGUAUGUGGAUCCUGUAGCAGCCUUGGUGCUGGUGUGUGAAAUAAAUGCAAGCUGAAACACAUUAGACCUUGGCCCAGGUAAAGUUCUUACUCCAAAACCCAUUGCUGCUAGAGUUCUGUGU